GCAUGGAAGAAGCGGUGGUUUGUUCUCCGCAGCGGCCGUCUCUCGGGCGACCCAGACGUGCUGGAGUACUACAAGAAUGACCACGCCAAGAAGCCCAUCCGCGUGAUCGACCUCAACCUGUGUGAACAGGUGAAACACUACUUAUGCUAAGGCUGAUUAUGGCCAGGAGUUUGUUACUCUGGACCCUAGUUAUGUAAUACAUUAGUUCCAGGUCAGGUCACGUGAUCAGGGAAAACUAAUGGUCCUAGUAAUGCUACAGUACCACUAGCUAAUACUACUAAAACGUCUUAAGGCAGCUAUAACAGUAAAUUACAUUGACAGUGGCUUAUAGCAGCUUUGGCUACAACAGAUAUUGCUACCCCUAUUGUUUAUGUAAUGCUACGUGCUAAUGCUAAGCCCUAUUGUUAUGUGGUUGGUAAUGCUACAUGCUAACACUAAACCUUCCCCCCCACAGGUGGACGCAGGGCUCACGUUCAACAAGAAGGACCUGGAGCACAGCUUCAUCUUCGACAUCAAGACCAUCGACCGCGUCUUCUACCUGGUGGCCGACACGGAGGACGACAUGAACAAGUGGGUCCGCUGCAUCUGUGACAUCUGCGGCUUCAACCCCACAGACGACGGUAACAAUGAUGCUGCACACACACGUACCACACACGUCCCUGCACAGGCUCGCAUGCACGCCCACACGAGAGGGACUCUGAGAUGUGUCUAUACAAUGUGCACAAAAUACGCACAGAAGAGAAAGAGAAACGCAGAAAGAAAAUGCAACAGAACAGAAAUAUGCAUGAGCGGAAACAGUAGUCUUUCCUCACACGUAUUAUUCUCACAUAAUGAUCAUAUCCUGGUGUAGUGUAGGUUUGGACACGGUGUGCCAAGAGGCCUUUGUUCCCAGCACAGGCCUAAUGAGGCCUAAUGAGCCAUGUCUUCAGAUGGGUUCACGUUACCAUGUUUCCAUGUACUGUAUAAUUAAAGCAUUGUGUGCUCCCCUAAACUGAGCCCCACUGCCGCUCUCUCUCCUUCUCUACCUUUAUUGUUCUCUCUUUCUCAGUUGCUCUCAUUUGUUCUCCCUCUCGCUCACAUUCGUUCUUUCGUUCUUUCUCGUGCUCGCUCGCUUACUCAGGGGAAAAGCGAGUGAGUGGGGCCCACCAAACCAGAAUGGUGGUUUAUUUAGAGUUCUACUUCCUGCUCUUUCUUCCCACCAUCAUCAGUGGGGGCCACAUACAGGGGCCUCCGGAUCUGAACUUCCCUCUCAGCUGACAUGGGAGGUACUGUUGAGUUCAAGGCCUAAAAUUAACUUUUUGGUCCACUAGCCACUGUGGCAGGUAGAUUUAAAAAUCUACCAGCCACUCAGAUUUUUUACCAGCCAAAAAUAUUUGGGGGGGCUAAAAUGAUGAGCGUGCUUUGUAAUAUUUCUAAAACAAUACAUUUAUUACUAAGAAGAAGUAAUGUGGUAUAUUAAUUGAAAUUUUAUCCAAAAUAUCACAGAUGAGACAAAACAUUUCACCUGUCCCUUUAAGGGCGUGAGGUUACCGUGGUAACGUGACUCCAGUCAUGUUUGUGCCUGUGAGAUUGAGUCUGACUAGUACAAGCCUUGUCUUCUCUUCCCUAGCAGUUGAAAUGCAAACAUAGAAAAACAACCUAGCUUGUGAACAAAACAAUGUAAGUAGCCAAGAAACACAAGGACAAAGUCUCACGUCAGUAGAAUUUCGUUUUUCUGUAAAUUAGACCAACGUUUAUGCCUGUGCACAGCGCUUCUAAAAAUGAAUCUUUCACUCUUCAUGUGCGACAGCCCCCAGCCAGGCAGUGUUGCAAUGCGAGGUGGGAUAGGCUAUGUAGGAUUCGUAGUUCUUUGACUUUGUGCGAUUUAAUUUACCAGCUAUCAAACAAAACUGCAGAAAUUCUUUGAAAACAGCUACUGGAGCAUUUAUUUUACUAUAAAUGUGAUCAUACUUGAAUAUUUGUAUUCACAAAUGCGAGUGAAAUGCUCGCCCUAUGGAGCCCUGACCACCCGCCAACGUGGCUGGUGAAAUAGACAUCUUACCCGCUAAUGCCAAAGUGGCGGGUGUUUUAAUUUUAGGCCCUGGUUGAGUUGUUGCCUGGCUAAUGGCUAUGGCUUACACUGCUUACACUGGUGUGGAACCGGAAAUGGACCCUACAAUCUGAACUCACUAUUGUAAUGCAUGUGGGUUUAAUCCGAAUAUUAGGGAACCAUUUAGAGUCCCUGGAAUGUCCUGGAUUAUGAUAUCAGCAGUACCCAGUACAUCUUUGACAACAGGGAGACCACGUAUCAAACCACAAGGUCAGCUUCACUCCUUCCUCAGUGUUGUGGCUGUAUUCUACCCUCCCUGUUAUAGUGCAACUUCAACCACAACAUAUCGCUUAUCUAUGGGCCAUUUUUGAAAUGUUGAGUUUAUUAUGGAUCCAAGCAGCGAGUUUGUCUGUCAUAAUGGCCAUGCAGAUUUGCUGUGGUUGAGCGGUGUGACUCUCAAAUUGCAGAGAGGCCUUGGCUACUUCUGUCUGUGCCUCACAAAGUCUUGCUGAUCAUACAGCACAAACAAAAGAGGGGACAGUUCAGCCCACUCCCGCGCCCAGGCGAGGGUGCACUGUGGCUGGGGAAAUGUCAGCAGGGGGGGGGGGGUGCUGGAGUGCUGGAGCAGCAGGGCUGUAAACCACCGGUGUGGGAGGGGGAGAUUAAGGAGGAAAGGGUUUUUCCCGCUGCCUGGGUGAAUCAGCACAUAAGACAGACAAACAAGGAGGUGGAGGGAUGGAGAGAGUGAGUGAUACAGUGGAUAAAGCAGGAUAGUAGUGAGAGAGGGGGCUGGGGAGAAGAGACGGAGAGAUUAAGUGAUGCAAUGUAUAGGGUGUGAUUGGGGGGGAAGGAGGAGAGUGCACAGGAUAAAGCAGGAGAAUAGUGACUGAUUGGGGAGCGAUUGAGGGAGAGGGUGCACAAGAUAAAACAGUGGAGGAGGGAGUAGGAGGGGAGGAAGAGAGGGAUGGAUGGAGGAAAGAUUCAGAGAGCAGCUGUCGUCUCAGGGUGCGCAUCCUUCAGUUCGAGCACUUAGGGAGCCACUCAAAGAUCUCUCUGUUGGUGGUUGGGUGUGUAUGUGCGUACACACUGAGGAGUGUAGGCGGGGAGCAAUGCAGCCGGAGAGUAGGUUGUGAAUAGAGCACAACCAAGCACAGUCGUCACCACACAGGCCUACAUGGAGACGGACAAGGCAGAGACCUUGAUGAAACGCUGUCUGGCAGUGGUUGGGAUUCAAAAGGCAAAACAUAGAUUUGGAUGGAAUACAGCUCAGUAUUAAUGGGUUGAAUAACAUUGGCAGAUACAAUAGCUAUUGGAAGAAAGGAAGCAUUUUUUUUUUUUUUAUGUUUCCCUAGAUUUCCCCUUUUUGUUAUAAAUUCUUAUAUAAAUGUUAUAAAAUAGUUGUAUUUCUCAUGCGUUAAUAAUUGAUUGUGAAGAUUUGAAAGGUUAUUGCGUGGUUCACAGACAUACACGUGUGUGUGUGUGUGGGAGGGAGGGAAAGUGCAUGCAUGCCAGUGUACGUACAGUGUUUGUCCUUCAAGUCUGACUCAUGACCUGUUUGUACUGGAUGUCAUCUUGCAGUAUCUCUGUCAUGUGUUCAACUCGGUAUCCAUUUCCCACAGCUCUGUAGUGCUUUUAUAGAACGUACUACUGAUUUAUGUACACAAACAAGUCAGAAAUAUAACCGUACAAACACCUACAAUAUUAUCACUAUAGAACAUGUACGUUUCGUUAAUAACUGUCGUGCAUGAAAACUCCGGUGUUGUUCUGAUGGUGUCCCCUCUUCUCCCUCCAUCUCCCCUCCUCUUUCUUCCCCACAGAAGCGGCGAAGGCUGCCCACCAGGCGGGCAGCGGUGGCUCAGUGGUGGACACACCCCCUCACCCGGGGUUGGGCGUGCUGGGGGGUCCUCCGGCCAUGCUGACCAACGUGCCCCCUCCCUACCAGCCAGUCAGCGUGCGCCACUUGGACUCAGAGUCCAGCCUGGAUGAACCCCAGGACUACCUGUGGCUGGUCAACUGUGAGAGCAAGAAGCCAGAGCCCAACAGGUGGGUGUGGAGUCCAUGAUAUGACAGUGCACCGCUGCCAUUGGUACAGAGUGGAGAGGUGUUGUGACAUUUCCCGCUGUGUUUCUCUGACAUCUAGUCUCCAUCUGGUCUCCAUCUAGUCUCCCUCUAGUCUCCCUCUAGUCUCCAUCUGGUCUCCAUCUAGUCUCCCUCUGGUCUCCCUCUGGUCUCCCUCUAGUCUCCCUCUGGUCUCCCUCUGGUCUCCAUCUAGUCUCCUGUUAUUAUAUACUUUAGGUUUGUGUCACACUUUUUAUUUAGUAUGGCGUCUUUAGCCCAUCUCUCCUCGCCUCUCUCUCCUCGCCCCACUCUCUCUCCUCUCCUCGCCUCUCUCUCUCUCUCCUUGCCCCUCUCUCUCUCUCUCUCUCUCUCCCUGCCUCUCUCUCUCUCUCCCCGCCUCUCUCUCUCUCUCCCCGCCUCUCUCUCUCUCUGGUUACUUUCCUCUGUGGUGUGCUUUAUUAGGUCUCUUGUACUGUCUCUAUAUGUUGUCCAUAUUUCAGUGCCUCUCCUCUCUUGUUGAUGUGGUUCUCUAUCUAACUCUCUCCUCCUCCUCCUCUCUGUGUGUGGUGAUGUAGCUCUGUGACUCCUCUCCCUCCUACUCCUCUUCCCCCCUCCGAGGGGGACCAGGAGUACCUCCUUCUGGGGGAGUGUGAGAGCAAAGGGGCUCCUUCUCCUCCCCAGGUUAAUCAGUGAGUCUGGAGCAGCCUGUCUAGUGUGGAGUGACACACACACACACACACACACACACACACACACACACACACACACGUGUGCAAACAGUCACACACAGGUUCAUAAACAUGCACAUAUACAUGUGGACAUGCACACAAAUACACACUCACACAUUGUAAAUAGACACAAAACUAAUCCAGCACUUACCUCUGGGUUUGAUGUGUUUGAGAAGUGUUCCAUUAAUCCAAAAUUUAGCUCCUGGCUGUUCUCAGUCAGGGAAAUGAGGAAUGAUCCAGAAUGGCUUAAUAUGUCAAUGGACCUUUGGCAAAGGACAGUGCUGUGUUUGACCCUGCAUGUUUUGAAAUUAACCACAGGAUGAAACAUAGAUCAUUAUACUGAGCCUACAACUCAAUAAGAUCUACUCAACAACAGAUCCAAUGGACCUCAAUAGUAGUUAUUGGUGGUAUUGUGACUUAACUGGAAUGGAUGUGUUGAUGUAACUCGUAUCACUAAUCUGUGUUGAGGUGUAUGUGUGUGAGAUGUUCACACACCAUUCAGCCUCCUGAUGUUAUCUGUCUCCUUGCCGUUGUCAUAGAGCCCACGCAGAGUGUUCCAAGUCGACCUCGUCGGAGACGGACCUGAACGACAACGUCCCUGCCCACCGCACGCCAACCUCCACUAGCUCCUCCUCCUCCAAGCACGCCAACGGCUUCUUCUUCUCUGUCCCGCCCCCUCACCCCGCCUCCGCCUCCUCCAUCUACGACUCCCCGCCCUCCCGCGGCGCCUCCCUCUCCACCGACCUCUCCUCUGGCCUCUACCAACUCCCCCGCUCCUAUUCCCAGGACACCGUGCUCCUCCCCAAGUCGGCCUCCACCUCCUCGCCCCCCAUCCCAGUCGACGGCGACGCCCCGGAGCUCUACGUCUUCAACACGCCCUCGCGGAAGCCCUCCAUGGAGACUCAAAUGAGGAACCUGUCGGUUAGCUACGAUAUUCCUCCCACACCAGGCAGUAACUGUACCUAUCAGGUGCCUCGAGGUCCACCAAGUGGUGGGUCUGAGGGUGGUGACGUGAUGCCUCCCCCCCGGCCCCCCAAGCCUUCACUCAACUCCCUGACCUCGGGGCACCCGCCGCCCCCCGCGGAGCGCUCGCCCACGGACACGUACUGCGUGCCGCGCUCGAUGUCGGAGACGGACGGGAACUACUGCGUGCCCACCAGCGCCGGGAGCAAGGCCCUGCGGAGCAACACCAUCGGCACCAUGGACUCAUCACGCCUCAGGAAAGGUACGGCUCAUCGAUUGAUCUUGAUUCAUUGGUGGAUUGAUUGACCCUUAUUAGUCCUGUCAAAUAAAUGAAAAACAGAGAUAUAAUUGAACGCAUUUCAUUUCACUCUCACUUUUUGCUAAGGGACGUAGGGUACCACAUCCUGUCACUACUUAUCAUGAUGCUAAGUGAUAUAGGGUACCACAUCCUGUCACUACUUAUCAUGAUGCUAAGUGAUAUAGGGUACCACAUCCUGUCACUACUUAUCAUGAUGCUAAGUGAUAUAGGGUACCACAUCCUGUCACUACUUAUCAUGAGGCUAAGUGAUAUAGGGUACCACAUCCUGUCACUACUUAUCAUGAGGCUAAGUGAUAUAGGGUACCACAUCCUGUCACUACUUAUCAUGAUGCUAAGUGAUAUAGGGUACCACAUCCUGUCACUACUUAUCAUGAUGCUAAGUGAUAUAGGGUACCACAUCCUGUCACUACUUAUCAUGAGGCUAAGUGAUAUAGGGUACCACAUCCUGUCACUACUUAUCAUGAGGCUAAGUGAUAUAGGGUACCACAUCCUGUCACUACUUAUCAUGAUGCUAAGUGAUAUAGGGUACCACAUCCUGUCACUACUUAUCAUGAUGCUAAGUGACAUCCUGUACCACAUCCUGUACCACAUCCUGUCACUACUUAUCAUGAUGCUAAGUGAUAUAGGGUACCACAUCCUGUCACUACUUAUCAUGAUGCUAAGUGAUAUAGGCUAACGCUUAGGCUAACAUACUGUGUGCAUCAUUAUAAAGGCUAAAUACACUAGCUAACAACGACAGUAUGUUCAUAACAACACAUGGCUGGUGUGUGCUGUGUUCAGACAAAGCAAAGCAAGCGUCUAAUCCUCCAAGAUAAUUUUCUUGACGCGACAGAUGUGUUUUUGAAUAGCUAAUUACAAAAACCUUUUCACAGCCGAAGAUUGCCUUGCCUCCAAGGACAUCUGGUGUAGCAAGCAGAAUUAGUGGUGUUCAGUUACCAUGCAGACAGACAACACGUACUUCAGAGUUUAGGAGAAAGCAGUUUGGCGCCUCAGUCCCAACCUCUAUACAGUGAAUGCUCCCAACCUCUUUUCUCUACUAGCAGCAGAGAAACAACACUGAGUCCUUCUCCUCAUCACCCCCUCUGGUGGUGGCCACUGGUAAUAACACUUUUGUCAACACCCCCCCCAAAUAAAUAUAUAAUAAUACGAUUUUUGUUCUUAAAGGACAAUCAUUUACACAACCAAAAGAGCAUCUGAGGUUGAAGUUCAAGAUAAAACAUUAUGCCCAGCUACAUCCGGUCCAAGUCUGUUCAUUACAUUUAACAUGAAACAGGUCUGUUGAACUAACACGAGGGCAUUUAGCAAAUGCCCCGGGAUUCCCCGUUUGUCUAGUCGUAUGUGUACCAGAGUAGGCUUUGCUUGCCUUGGCUGUAGAGUAUGGCCACCUUCCAAGUCCUAUCAUCCUGUUUGUCUCAACUCCUCCUGAAAUGCAUUGGUGUGACGUUACACAUGAUGAUCAGAGCAAGAGCAGCAACUAUAGUCCAGCUGCCGAGAUGACAGACAGACAGACUUCACAUAUCCCUGUUCACCACUUACUGUGGUUUCAAUGGUGCAUUUGUAUUCAGUUUUAAUUGAGUAUUUAACACCAUUUUGAUUCAUAUUGCUGUAGGCCCUAUCUAGACUACUAUAGUGUAGGUAUGGUGUGUUUACACUGUUUUUAAAUGCUCUGUAAUGUUUGUUGCAGAUCUUGUGUCCCAGGACUGUUACGAUAUCCCCAGGUCGUUUCCCUCUGACAAGAGCUGCUCGUUUGACUUCAACGAAAGCUUCAACAGCUACUUGGUAAGUCUUUACACGACAUGCUCAUCAAUCAGAUUAAAACGAUGGACUUAAAGGACCUCUCACAUUGAUACUGAAGUAUUGGGCUAUUAUGAUAGUUGCGUUGUUUGUAGUGCACUAAGGUGCAGAUUAAGAUAAGGGAAGCUUGUAUGCUCUCACUUCUUUUCACGUGUGUGUACGUGUUUUUGUCUUGUGUCUGUCUGUGCUCUUAUGUAGCCUACCUCUCUCUCUGCCCCCCCUCCCCUUCAGAAAAACAAAGGCAUGAUGCCAGUGGGCAGCCAGUCCAUGGAGGAAGUUGACCAGAACUACGUACCCAUGAACGCCAACUCCCCGUCCCACCACCGCUCCGGCAGCCUGUCGGGCUGUGAACCCAUCAUGGAACCCAACUAUGUACCCAUGACCCCGGGCCCGGGCACGUUAGAGUUCUCCCUGGGCAAGCAGGUUCCCCCGCCGGCCCACAUGGGGUUUCGCUCAAGCCCCAAGACCCCACCCCGCAGGCCCAUGCUCAUCAGCGAUUGUCAGCCCCCGCCCGUGGACCGCAACCUCAAACCGGACCGCAAAGGUGAGGGAGGAGAGGGGCAGGGUGGAUGGCUGGGGGGUGAGGUGGUGUGGCUGUGGAGAAGGGGAAGGGGGUGUGUGUCUUUGAAUGAGAGAGAAUCUUGAGAGAGAAUCUUGGUACGUUUGUCUUUUAUCUGUUGUUGCAUCAACGUUUUCACAACUGCUUCUCUCUACAUCCUGGCAUUCAACUCUAACUCACUCCCAUUACAUGUGCUUGGCUCAUGGUUAUGAAAGACAGAUUACAAUUUCAUUAUUUUGAAGUAGAACACGUUCAUUUGUCAUCAUUAUACAAUUCCUGUAUGGCAUCAGACAGUAGUGCAGAAUGUUGUGGCUCACCCUUCCUCUCCUCUAUGUAGGCAGUGUUCUAGAUCUCUCUAUGUAGGCAGUGUUCUAAAUCUCUCUAUGUAGGCAGUGUUCUAGAUCUCUCUAUGUAGGCAGUGUUCUAGAUCUCUCUAUGUAGGCAGUGUUCUAGAUCUCUCUAUGUAGGCAGUGUUCUAGAUCUCUCUGUAGGCAGUGUUUUAGAUCUCUCUAUGUAGGCAGUGUUCUAGAUCUCUCUCUAUGUAGGCAGUGUUCUAGAUCUCUCUCUAUGUAGGCAGUGUUCUAGAUCUCUCUCUAUGUAGGCAGUGUUCUAGAUCUCUCUGCUCAAUGUAGUCAGUGUUCUAGAGCGCUCUCCUCAGUCAGUCCUUGACAAGGCCCCAUCCUCCACCCCAUCCACCCUCCUCUCAGCCUGCUCUUUUAGUUUAGCCCGCUCUCCCCCUCAUCUUCUCUCCCUCUCACCCCAGUCAAAGGGACUUUUGUCCCAGAGUUCAGGGGGCCCUCUCUGGGGCUUUGGGGGGGGACCGGCCUGGGCCACCAUCACCAUGGAGCGGCCAGAGCGGUCACCGCUGUCCCCAUUGUCCCCCCCUCUGAAAGGGCCUCUUUGAUGGAGCAACAACCCCCUCCAGAUCCACCAUGGGACAUUUCAAUCUAGAGCGGGGAGGAUUUGAAUAUCCCACAGGGGAGGCAGACCCAAAGCAGAGGUCAUUACCAGUCACUGUCAAUGGUGGAGAAGAAAGGAGGAAUCCAUGUCAGGAAAGUUGUUAGAAAAUCUAAAGUCAGUUGCUCUCUAUUCAUGGCUUAGAGCUUUAACAUUCAGAUCAAUGACUCUUGGUUGUUUUCAUUCCAGCAUCUACCGUGGUGUCACAAUGGGAUGCUGAAUGUGAAUGGUUCAGUGUGAGGACAUGUUAGACUGGAAUGGUACUGUAGUCAUGGGGUCAUUAUGAUGACGAAGGUAUAGGCCUACAGUUAGGUUUUUAACUUGAGUGUUUCAUAACCAUGGGCCAUUCCAUCUCAAUGCAAUCUCUCUCCUCACCGAACCACAACUGCUGUCCAUCUGCUGAGUUUGGGACCUCUGUUGUCCCGACUGUGUGUGCAUGUAGGGCUGUUGUGUACUGUUGGCUUCAGGGUUACUCUCUCUAGCCUUUUCUCUGGCUCAAAGUCUUUGGUCCAAUCCCAAAUCAUAUCGACCGCUAGACCCUAUGCACUUGGUGGAAGUUUGACCAUAUUGCUUUAACAAAUCAAUUCCUCUCAGAUCUCCACAAGUGCAUAGUGAAUAGGGUCUAGGGGUCAAUGUGGGAUUGGGCCUCUCUUGCUUGGUUUUGUUCUGUGGGUGAGGUCUUGUGAGGCUGAAGCAUCUGUGGUCGAAGCCGACAAGUAGCUUCAUUUAUUCACUUUCCUUCAUUAUGGCUUUGUUAUGGGGUUCAAUUGCAAAUGUCUGCCAUGGUUUUAGCUGGGGUAUGCUGUGUUUUAUGGCUGUUGUGAGGAUUAUACAUAAGGUUAUGACUUCACUUACAUUUUUUACAUUUUAGUCAUUUAGCAGACGCUCUUAUCCAGAGCGACUUACAGUUAGAGUGCAUACAUUUUCAUACUGGCCCCCCGUGGGAAACAAACCCACAACCCUGGCGUUGCAAGCGCCAUGCUCUACCAACUGAGCUACAGCGGACCACUUCAGUGUGCUGGUGUACAGAUAAAUGUGCGCCUUUAUUUGCGUCUGCUGUUGUGGAUGUGUUGUUGCCCUCAAAAUGACUCUCUUCUCUCAGUGGAUCUUCCACGCUCAUACUAGUGCAUGUUGUUGUCUUGUCAAGUCUCUGAGGCCAACCAUGUUGCAGGGUUCUGACUAGAGGGAGUACAGCUACGACCGGAAGUUACUUUUUCGUAGCAGGUUAGGAGAAUUGACCCAGCAGGUUAGGAUAAUUAACAUAGCAGGUUAGGAGACAUAGGUUAAGGUUAGGGAAAGGGUUAGGGUUAGCUAAAAUGCCCUCCUAACCUGCUAUGAAAAGUUACUUCCGGUCGUAGCUGUACUCCCUCUAGUCACAACCAUGUUGCGUGGAGUGAGGUGCAUGAUGGGAAAUGUCGGGGUCUGCUGUUGCCAUGGAGAUAGUCCUGUCUAUACUGUAUAUACACCAAUAGGGACGAAGGAAUGGUAGGGUGGAAGUAGUGAGUUGUCUCUCAACAGUCUGUUGAUCCGUCGGCUUUGCAUGGCAGGUUUUUAUUAAAAUAGGUGUUACAAUGAUGUCAUCGUUUAUCAAUGAUGGUAAUGUGAAAAGUCUUCUUUUUUAACCAAUCAGGUCAGAGUCCUAAAAUAAUAAGAGCAAAGGGUGUUGGUUUAGAGCGAACCGACUCUCAGACCGUAGGGGAGUUCCCAAGACGACGCAAGGGUAGGUAUUACCAAACAACGACGCCUGAAACUUGGUUCUGAAUACUCAUCUCUCAUUCUCUCUGAACCUGUCUGAACUCAACGCAUGCUUCUGAAUGUUCACCUGUGACCUGUGACAUCACAUGUGGUGUCCGGUCUCAUCCAGUCAACUAACUCCUGUUCUGUUGUGUUUCUAAUUUAACAUUUUGUUCUCAUUACACGUUUUUGAACCACACCAACACCCUAAUAUCUUCUAGGCUUCUUCAGGAAAUGGAGGAGAGAUCAUAUCUCAGGAAUGUUAUUGUGUUGUCUAGUGAAAGAGCUCCACUACAUAGGAAAACGUUGUCAGUGUACCUCACCAACAACCACAUCUCAAGCCCUCUCCCUUGUUCACAGUCAAAGUAAUCAAUAGUAUUAAUGUAUAACACCAGUACAAUAGUUGUUUCUUAGGUUGCCGACACACACCAGUGAUGGACUGUUCUAACCAAUUCACUCUUGUAUUUUUAACACUUUUUGGCAUGCUCCUGUUUCGACAUGUAAUAAUAUAUAUAUACACACACACAUACAUCCCCGGUUUGCAUGAAGGGUUUUUAGAUGUCUGCGAAGUCUGUUUAGUGCUGUACUGUAGGCUGAGAAGUGUAAGUGCUGCUGUCCUGUAGACUGCAGCACCAGAUGGUGUUUACUAACCAGGCCGAGGGAGCUAUGCUGAAUGUGUUUCUAUAGCACCCGGGUUGCCAGAUUGGGCUCUGUUACGUUAACCAUGCGUGAACGGUUGGCUGUGGACAUACUCUAUAAACCUAUAGGCAAUUGAUUACAUUUUUGUAUUACGCUGAACUUCUCAUGUUGGAAUUUAGCCUACAGUUUUAGUCUUGGAAGGAGGUAUUGUGGCUUAUAGGGACCUCUGUUGGCCAAAUGAAAGCAUUACUUUCUGUAUAAUGUAAUGUAUUGUGUUGCGAUGAUGGUAUGUGAUGAGAGAGAUUGACGGUGGUGUUUGCCCCUCCCCUCUACAGCCAAGCCCGCCCCUUUGGAGAUCAAGCCCCUACCUGAGUGGGAGGAUUCAUCGGCGCCCGUCCGCUCGCCUGUCACCAGGUCAUUCGCUCGGGAGUAAGUGUCUUACCCUUUGACCUUUCGCCUCUACAGCAGCUCAGGGUCAAAGUUGCCCUUAUGCACAGAUCUAGGAUUAGUGUCACUCACCGCAUCCUAACCAUUUGGGAGUAAAACAUAAAACGGACCUUAGGUCAGUGUCAACUUAGUUUAAUUCCUUUCUACCGCAUGUGACUAUAGGUUUGGUAUUAUAUCAGAACACUAACCCUCCACGCAGUACUUUAGUCACCUCAUAACAUGUCAAAGUAGUCAUACAUGUAUGUCUUAGAAAUGUGCAUUAUUUGUAUUUUUCCAGUGAGUCAUUUUUAAUCUGCAGGGAACUCUGCAGGCUCCCAUGCAGCGCUGCUGCUGUGUGUGUGUGUGUACAGACGGUGUGUUAAACGGUGUGUGUGUGGUGCUGCUCAGUCCCUCCAGGUUCCCCAUGCCUCCCAGGCCUCCCUCGGUGCAUAGCACCGCCUCCAGCACCGACUCCGAGGACUGUGAUGAGAAUUAUGUAGCCAUGGUCUCUAAGGCAGAUGAACUAGUAUGUAACACACGUCCUCAACUACUCUCUUCUAAAAUAUUAAUUUUAAAUGAUACAAUGAUUUAUGUACAUUUUCUAAAAACUUGUCACAUUAAUAAGCUAAUGUUCCACAGUCAGUAGCCAAUGAAUUUAUUACAAUUCAAUUAAAACUUUUUUAUUCAUGGCAAAGUGCACCAUUUGUAAUGUAAUUCGUCUAAUGGCAUAUCUUAGUGUGCUGAAUAUCCAUAGAACAUCAGUAUUCAGAAUAAUUUAAAUAUACUACAUGACCAAAGGUAUGUGGACACCUGCUCUUCGAAUAUCUCAUUCCAAAAUCAUGGGCAUUAAUAUGGAGUUGGUCCCCCCUUUGCUGCUAUAACAGCCUCCACUCUUCUGGGAAGGCUUACCACUAGAUGUUGGAACAUUGCUGUGGGGACUUGCUUCCAUUCAGCCACAAGAGCAUUAGUGAGGUCGGUCACUGAUGUUGGACGAUUAGGCCUGGCUCGCAGUCGGCGUUCCAAUUCAUCCCAAAGGUGUUCGAUGGGGUUGAGGUCAGGGCCCUGUGCAGGCCAGUCAAGUUCUUCCACACCAAUCUCGACAAACCAUUUCUGUAUGGACCUCGCUUUGUGCACGGGGGCAUUGUCAUGCUGAAACAGGAAAGGGCCUUCCCCAAACUGUUGCCACAAAGAUGGAAGCACAGAAUCGUCUAGAAUGUCAUUGUAUGCUGUAGCGUUAAGAUUUCCCUUCACUGGAACUAAGGGAACUAGCCCGAACCAUGAUAAACCAUGAUAAACAGCCCCAGACCAUUAUUCUUCCUUCACAAACUUUACAGUUGGCACUGGGCGCACCCAGUUGGGGCAAGUAGCGUUCUCCUGGCGUCCGCCAAACCCAGAUUUGUUCACCGGACUGCCAGAUGGUUACGCGUGAUUCAUCACGCCAGAGAACGUGUUUCCACUACUCCAGAGUCCAAUGGCGGUGAGCUUUACACCACUCCAGCCCCCGCUUGGCAUUGCGCAUGGUAAUCUUAGGCUUGUGUUUGGCUGCUCGGCCAUGGAAAUCCAUUUCAUGAAGCUCCCGACGAACAGUUCUUGUGCUGGCAUUGCUUCCAGACGCAGUUUGGAACUCGGUAGUGUUGCAACCGAGGACAGACGAUUUUUACACCCUAAGCACUUCAGCACUCGGCUGUCCCGUUCUGUGAGCUUGUGGCCUACCACUUCGCAGCUGAGCCGUUGGUGCUCCUAGACAUUUCCACUUCACAAUAACAGCACUUACAGUUGACCGGGGCAGCUCUAGCAGGGCAGAAAUUUGACGAACUGACUUGUUAGAAAGGUGGCAUCCUAUGACGGUGCUACAUUGAAAGUCACUGAGCUCUUCAUUAAGGCCAUUCUACUGCCAAUGUUUGUCUAUGGAGAUUACAUGGCUGUGCGCUCGAUUUUAUACACCUGUCAGCAACGGUUGUGGCUGAAAUAGCCGAAUCCACUAAUUUGAAGGGGUGUCCACAUACUUUUGUGUAUAUAGUAUAGUUUGACUUCACUUCAAAUACUGUUUUUUGUUAGUGUAUGAUGAUAUUGAAAUGAUGAGUCCACAUUUUCUGUUUCUGAUAUCCCAUGUUAGUAUAGUAUACCUAGUAAAAAGUCAGUCCGUUAUCAUCCUCCUUGGCCUCCCAGCCUCAUCUUUUAUGGAGAAAUCGAUGGUUGCCACAGAAGGACUCCUCCUCGACACUUCUUCUUUCUUCACCCCCCCCCCCCCCCCCCCCCCCUUCAACCACUUGUCAUCCUGCUUUUUUGUCUUUUUCAUUUGCGCUUUCACUCUUUUCCCCCUGCAGGUAUUCAGUCCAUCUGAUGGAGAUCUCCUCUUUGCAUCUUCUUAUAUUCUUCUAACUCAUGUUCUUUUUCUUCCAUCAAUUCUCAAGGACCCUUUUUGUUGACUGGUCAGAUAUAAAUGAUUUUCCCUUGCGCAGGCUCCAUGAUCUGGUGGUCUAGGCACCAGGGUUUGAUCUCUGUCUUUCCCACUUUGUCUCCUCCUAAUUUGUCUCCACGCUGUUUCGUCUUCCCGCUGUUUCUAAUCUGUCUGAAUAUAGCAAAAAUGUCCUAAAUACAUUUCCCCCUUGGGGAGCCAUACAUUGAACAACACGAUCACUGUUUAACGUUGUUCCGUUCUCUCCUAAAGGAAAUGAUCUUAACUAUACUAAAUUGACUGAUUAACUUCACCAACAACAAAAUGGGUCAUUUCCUGCUUGAUUGCAUGUUUUCCAUUCUGUUGUUGUCUUAGUCUUUUUGACCGUUUAUUGAGAUGUUUUCCCUUAUCCUUUCUUCGCCUUGACCUAAUGUUUACGUCCUGUUGCUUUAUCACUCAUUGAUAUUUUUCCUAGUCCCCCUUUUCCUCCUCUUCUUCAUCUCCUCAGUUCCUCCUGUAUUAUUGUUUGACCUCUGACCUUUCCCUGCUGUCUCUGUAGAGAGGAGUCCUUCUACUGCACUGUCCCCAUCACCCCUGUUAAGAGGGAGAUGGAGGGCCUUGACACCGUAGAGGAGGUGAGACGGGUUGCCAAGUUUGGUUAGACAAGCUGCCUGGGUUGCCAGUUUGGAGCCUAACCGGAGAUGCCCAUAGAGCCUAUGCUCUCACUGCAUGGCGUGGGUUAUGCUGUUAUUUCCCCCCAAAACCCACUAAGAUUUCAGACACCGUCUGUAGUGGUAGUGUACAUGCUGACGUGACUUGAGGUUUGCAUAAUACCUCAAUGUGUUUAUGAUGAUAGUAUCUGUUCUAGUUCUGUCUCCAUUGUAGCUGUACUACUACUCCUCUUGCCCACUCCUAGAGUGUAGCACUAACAUUUAAUCAUGCUCUGUGAGUUUGUCAUCUUCCCCCUAUCUACACUGUAACAUGGUAUCUCCCUUGUUGAUUAGAACAUGAAGCGGGGUGCGCCCAUGACGGCGGACGGGGGGAGCAGCCCAAUGGUGAAGCCCAAAGGAGACAAGCAGGUGGAGUACCUGGACCUAGACCUGGACCCCGGCAAGUCCACCCCACCACGGAAGGUGAGACCGAUCUCUCGCUCACGCUCUCAUGCUCACGGUCACUCUCACACUCACACUUACACUAUUGAAACUGACCUGUGUGUUCCUCUCCAGAAGAAGAGUAAUGGGAUUGGUCUGGCGGUGUCAGAUGAGCGGGUGGACUACGUAGUGGUGGACCAGCAGCGGACGCAGGCCCUCAAGAGCACCCGGGAGGCCUGGAACGACGGACGCCAGUCCACAGAGACAGACACCUCCACCAAAGGGCCCAAGUGACCCCAGCUCACCCAGCUACAGCCCCACACCGCUGGGCCACAGACAUUACUCCAAGCCCAGGCUCGGCCUUCCCCUCCUCCAGACUCCCAGUGCCGACGCGAAGGGGCAGGCAGACCUCCAGGGCUGCUGAACUGUCUUUAGUUUACCCUGCUAUCAGUCAGUCUGAGGACAGAAGAGCGACAGCACAGCGCCCCUCUGUGGCAGACAGGGGGUAUGUGCCAGGAAUAAGCUGUAUGCAGUAUGGAAGCAAGUAGAAGGAUUGAUUGAUGUAUCAGUCCUCACCUGCCCGAAUGGGGACUCUGUAAAGACAUUACCACAUUGACAAAGACUUGGAGUCUGGAACACUUACUGCCUCUUAUGGUGGAUUUCAGUUGGUUGGAGAAUGACCAGGAGAAGACUUAAAGAAAACAUUUCCUUUAUGAUUAAAUCACAACACUGUAGGGCACUGUCUGGAGUCUGUUUUGGGAGAGAAUGAGUCAUCUCUCUUUCAGAAUCAGAAUGCUUAGUGUCUACUUAAUACUUUACUGCCAAGGUUGCCUAGUUUUGCUGGUAGGAAAUUGGGCCAUUUUCUCUUGUACAGGUCAAAUAUUAUCCAAAACAUUGUAAGAGAGAGAACCAGGUUUUCUUAGUGAAAAACUUGUUGUGAAUGCAAGAAAAUAGAAUGCGAGUUACUUUUUAUGAAACGCAACUGACCAAGUGCUCAAUCAAAGGUUUGGAUUCACUGAAACAACGUCAUUUAAACGACUGAGAAAUGAUUUUCUUACUAUUUUAGAUUUUCGUGGAAGAGGAAAUGCUUCAUAUUUGCAAAACAAAAAGACUGUGUACAAAAGUGUUAUGUAUAUAAACGGAAAGUGUCCUUUAUUCAACACUAUAUAUGGUGUGUGGUAAUUCUGCAGGGUAGAAUUCUAUACGCUCUCCGAGAUGGUAUCGGGACAUGUGAUAUGAUAUGAAAUGACAGAAUCAACUGUGACAGCUUUUUAACGGGAAGCUCCCCGACACUUUCUGUGAGUUAUGCAAAGGUGUCAACCUUAGGUUUAUAGACGAGAGAAAUCAGGUACUCAUUAAAAUACUAAUAACAUCUAUUUCCAUUUCUAAUUUAUUUUGAGUUAUCUCAACGAUAGAUGUCCGAGUAAUAAUCUAUAAACAGACAAAAGAUUUGAUGGGUAUAGAACAAAGUGCUGUUUAAAAUGCCUUCUUAACGAACGCCAGUCAAUUUGCUUCAGGAGUUUAUUAUUGUGAUGAUCAAUUCCCUUAUUGACUGGCGCGUCAAUUUAAUUCUCUCUUAGGUUUUAAUUUAUUUCAAAUGGAUUUACACGUAAACCGUCUGGGAUCUGAUGUAUGUAUGCCUUACGAUCUACUUUACUUGAUGUCUUUUUGUAAAUAGUGAGUAAUUGUGAUGUUUUACCUAAAAAGAAAAGACUUCAGAAUUGUGUUUUUCAUGAUGACUAUUCGCUUUACUAACUUUCCAGGGACCCUAUUAACAAAGUGUCUGAGUAGGAGUGCAGGGCCCAGUUUCCCAAACGAUCCUACGGUUCUAACGAUUAACUUAGCCUUCAGAUACUUUUGGGAAACUGGGCCCUGGUCUAGGA